AGGUCUUAUUUAAUCGAUUCCUCUCUUUCUUCGAACCCCUACAAGUUCGACUCCUGUAUAAAAAGUCGCACAUCGCUGCAUGCCCUUGUCGCUGUAACUAUAUUCUCGGCAUUAUGGUUCGCUUCGUUUCUUCUCUGCUCCUGGCCUCUUUGGCCUCCACAUUCGCUUGGGCCGAUACUAUCAAGUGCGACGCUAAUAACAAAUGUCCGGAGAAAUACCCUUGCUGCUCUCAAUAUGGUGAAUGUGGAACUGGCGCUUACUGUCUUGGCGGCUGUGAUCCCAUGCAGUCGUUCAGUCUUGAUUCCUGCAUGGCCGAGCCGGUUUGCAAAAGCAAGACCUACAAGUGGGACAACCUCGACAGUGCUGCGCUGAACACCAAAUAUCUUGGUAACGCGUCGGCGUCCGACUGGGUCUACAGCGGCUUCCCCAAGGUCGAGGAUGGCAACCUGAUCCUCACCAUGCCGAAGAACAGCGUGGGCACUUUGUUCGCAAACAACCACUACGUCUGGUAUGGUAAGAUCAAGGGUAAGGUAAAGAGCAGCCGUGGCAAAGGUGUCGUGUCUGCUUUUAUCCUGCUUUCGGACGUCAAGGAUGAAAUUGAUUUCGAGUUCGUCGGCUACGACUUGGAUAACGUCCAAACCAACUACUACUGGCAGGGCGUCCUCGACUACAACAACGGCGGAAAGGCCCCCACGGGCAGCAGCACUUUCGACGAAUGGCAUGAGUAUGAAAUUGACUGGAAGCCCGAGGCCAUCACCUGGUCAGUUGACGGAAACGUCAAGCGGACGCUGACUCGGGAAUCCACCUGGAAUGAGACUGCCAAGCGCUACCAAUUCCCUCAGACCCCUUCGAGAAUGCAAUUGUCUCUUUGGCCCGCCGGUCAGGCAAGCAACGCCGAAGGUACCAUUGAGUGGGCUGGUGGUGAGAUCGACUGGGACAGCGAGGACAUCAAGGACAAGGGCUACUACUAUGCGGAAUUCGGAGAGAUCACUGUUGAAUGCUAUGACCCUCCGUCGAACUCGGGGGAUGGCAAGAAAUCGUACAUCCUCACGAACAAGGACGGUCUUGAGGGCUCCUUCAAGCUCACCAACAACGACACUGUGCUCGCCUCUCUUGGUGCGACCGGUCUCAACCCAGAUCUCGGCGCCAGCUCCUCUUCGUCCUCGUCUUCGAGCUCGUCCACUGGCAACAGCGUUCCUGAAAACCGCGGUGGCUCCGGUAAUGAGCCUGGUGUAAGUGGCUCCAACAGCACCAGUAGUAGUGGCAGUGGCAGCGGCAGCGGCAGCAGUGAUUCUGGAUUCAGCCAGGGGAGCAACGACGACAGCAACAACAGCAACAACAACUCGAAUGGCGCCGCCUCUGCGAACGAGCGUGUCAUGAAGGGUUCCUUCUUCGCCGUCUUGGUCGCUGUCGUCGUGCUGGUUACUCUAUGAACCAGUGACUAUUAAUUUGGGCCCUUGCCUUCAUUCUUGAAUAUUCUUCUCUUUCUUUCUUUCUUUUUUUUUUUUCUUGGGUAUAUAACAACACUUACCCCCAUUCCAUACCCACACGGUUUUGG